CAAAGCUCAACUUCUUCCACUCUCAAACCCCCUUCAGCAGCAGAAACGCACUCAUCUUCUGGUGAUAUUCAAUUGCACACAUAUUAGAUUGCAAUGUCUGCGUCAAAAGAUAAGUCCAAGGUUCACAAGCUCUCCUUGAAAGGAUCCGGAAAGCUUGUGGCCGAAUUCUUUGAAUACUCUAUCAACUCCAUCCUGUUCCAACGAGGGGUGUAUCCUCCAGAGGAUUUCACAACUGUCAAGAAGUAUGGCUUGAACAUGCUCGUCACCGCCGAUGAUCAGGUGAAGGCGUACAUCAAGAAGAUCAUGUCUCAAUUGAACAAAUGGAUGCUAGGGGGCAAGAUCUCCAAGCUCGUUGUUGUUAUUACGGACAAAGAGACUGGUGAGCACGUGGAGCGAUGGCAGUUUGAUGUGGAAAUAUUUGGGAAGAAGUCCAAGAGUCAGUCGACUCGCAAGUCAGGCGAUAAGGAGAACGAUACGCCGGGAGAUGCCCAGUCCGAAUCCCCGGAAGCCGAGAAAACAGAAAAGCAAAUCCAAGAGGAGAUCCAGGCUAUCUUCCGACAAAUCACUGCCUCUGUUACAUUCCUUCCCGUGUUGGACGGCGACUGCACAUUCAACGUCCUUGUUUACGCAGAUGCAGACUCGGAGGUUCCGGUCGAAUGGGGCGACAGCGAUGCCAAAGAUAUCAAGAAUGCCGAGAAGGUACAACUUCGGAGCUUCAGCACCAACAACCACAGGGUAGAGACGAUGGUCAGCUACCGUCUUGCCGAUUAAACGUGAAAUGAGAAGCUGGUCAGGCGUUUUGUCGGAGUCACCUUGUUGUUUUCUAGGUUAUUUCCGGGUAUAUAACAGAUAUCUCGCAUCAUAAUGAUUAACAAUGAUAUAUGAUCAUCACGCUCUACACCAAGGCAGCUCUAUUAUCCAGGGAAACCACUCGCCGCUAUCCCAGCAAACCAAAUCCUCAACCACAGUUUCCAAACCAACACCAACCCACAGUCCCCUUUCCAUUCCAUCAACCCAUCCUCGCUUCACCCUCUUGUCCUUCAACUCGCCCCCAACGCCAUACUUAUCCUCUCUCCAUAGCCCUAUACCCCGUUUCUCCUCUCCCUCCACCAACUCUUCUAAUGGCGUCACCUCCUCUGGCGGAUUUAUCCCAACAACACUCCCUCUACCCUGUUCACCCAUCCCCACAGCCGGGA